UGAAAAGAGAACUCAGUUCCCUAGAGAAGAAGAGAACCAAGCAGAGACGUCUCCACCUCUCCAGGGUGUGCGCUGGGGCUUGGGAUAGGGAGGCAGAGAUUCCUGGGAAGGAUAUGUUCCAGGAUGAGUUCCAGACCUAUGGAUUGCCUCUCAGAAGGUGCACACAGGAGAGACAGACCCUGUAAGGGGCUCCUGAUCAUAGCCUCCGUGCUCAGCUGCUGGAGCCAGCCGACAUCUGUUCUAGCAUCUUCCAUCACAGCUGUGCCAAGCCCGCCCUAUGGGAUGGUGGGCAGCAAUGUCACCUUGACCAUCCAGGGCUUCCUGAAGCCCCCUUGGAGGUACACCUGGUACAGGAAGUCAACAGACCCCUCCAACGAGAUCGCCAGCUACGUCGUUCGUGAUGGAGUACAGACCCCGGCCACGAACCGGGAGAAGGUGUUCGCCAACGGCUCUCUGCUCAUCCCCAACCUCACCUUCAGGGACAACGACGACUACAUCGUCCAAGUCUUCUACUCAGAAUCGGAAGUAACAACGGCCAGGGCACACCUCCAGGUGUUCAGUCCACGUUCCAGAAUGAUCACAGCUGGCAUUUUGAUUGGAGUUGUGGCUAAGGUGGCUUUGAUUGGGUCUCUCAUCUAUGUCCUGUGCAUCAGAAAGACUGGAGGGGCUUCUCGUGGUAGGCAGGGAGAUUCAAAGCAAGGAGGGAAAAUUCAUCUGGCCCAGAAAGAAAGUGAGAACUCCAUUCCAUUCAUGAACAAAUGGCUUCAAGUCCCACUUCGGCUUGCACAGGGCCAUGGCUCUUCCUCUCUCUCCUCUGCUGCCCCAUCCGAAAACAUCUACCAGACUCUGGAAGUCACCCAAGAAGACAUUUAUGAAAAGAUCAUACCCAGGAAGAAACCUCAAGCCCAGAGAAAAGGCAGAUUCAUCCAAUCCUAGAAUUCAGAGCUCAAAGCCGGCUUAGAAGUCCUUGCAUCUUGACACAAGUGAAACCCAAUGGAACUGCUCAUCGGCUAUGAGAGGGAGUGGGAAGAGGGAAGGGAAAGAACAUGAGUCAGGGAACCAUGGGAAAAUAGUCCAAAUUAAUUAAUUAAUUAGAUAAGUAAAUAAACAAACAAAUAAUAAAAAAAGAA